AUGCUCAAAGAGGCCAUUAUAAGCAAGAUCAAGGGUUUCCCACAGAGCCUCGAAGUCCUCGAACUCAGCUUCUCCAUAAAAGCCACCGGCUGCCUUUAUAAGGACCUGCUGCAGUUGAAUAAGCAGAGGAAGGAGCACUGUUUGCUCAGAACUAAGGAUGGUAUUGGCGGCAGUUUCGCCAAAGGGACUUGGAAAAGGGAACUAAUGGAGAGAAGCCCCAGAUCACCUAGACUACGGAUCAAUAUCAACGACAUUGAGGCGGGGCUCGCGAAAUUUUUAGCGACUCCGAGUUUUACUGACAUUGAUGCCGCACAACUUCCUAGUCUUGAUGCAGCUUCACGUCGCUGGAGGGCUACUGGCUCUCAUAUAGCCAUCCCUAGUGCAGAUAGGAGUUUUCGGUCACCCUGGACUCAGGGCCACAAGACAGGCAUUCGAUUCAAGAAGACGCCGUUCAGCAUGACUUCAAGUUUUGCUACUGGAUGUGGGAUAGCACUCUUCUUGACAAGUUAUAGAUGUACCUCGUGA